GAUAAAAACCAAAAACACAUUAGGAAAUGUCAUUCGGCACAAACAUAUUUGUGGUGAAAUUGUUUUGAGGUACUCCGGAUACUCUAUUUCUAAAGCAAAAAUCAUAGAAAUCGAUCAAUAUGGCUGGAUAUGAUCAUCAUGACGAUGGGCCUGGAUUUGUGGGAAUACGCUUUUGUCAGGAAUGUAACAAUAUGUUGUACCCGAAAGAAGACAAAGACCAGAAGGUGCUGCUGUACGCCUGCCGAAAUUGUGACUACAAACAGGAAGCCGACUCAAAUUGCAUUUAUGUCAACAAAAUUAUGCACGAAAUUGAUGAAUUGACUCACAUUGUGCCAGACGUAAUUUCCGAUCCUACACUACCACGAACGGAAGAUCAUGCCUGUCCGAAAUGUGGUCACAGAGAAGCAGUAUUUUUCCAGGCCCAAACUCGACGGGCUGAAGAGGAAAUGAGACUUUAUUACGUUUGCACCAGUCAAAGUUGCACCCAUCGAUGGACAGAAUAGAUUUGUUGGGGCUGCUUUUCUUUCCUUUUGUAUUUGAUUUGAACUAACCGAAAUAAAAUGA